GGUUCGUACAAUGACCCCGUCGUGACAUCGCUCCGUUACUGGCAGACGUUUGUACAAAGACCCUGCCGCGCAUAGCCGUCUGCUCUUCAGUACGACUAUCUUCGUCGUUCGCAAGGUUGACCAAUUCGCACAUGCAUCACAUUAUUGGACCACCACAGCCUUCUGACAAGCCACGUAGAGAAAUUAUGGUGCUCCACGCUUUUCCUAUGCUACCACCCGUCCUUAUACGGCGCUGGUACCAUUCCCGCACUGCAAUUGUCUUGCCCGUUCCAAUGUCUGUCCUUCUCCUGAUUACUGAGCUUUCGGCUUCUCCCAUCUGCUCUCAGUCGCUCCACAUUUGUGGUUCACAUAGUACAUGUGAUAUUAUUCUCGUUGUUCCCUAUGAUAUUGCGUUCGCUUGUCCCUGCAUUUCCUUCAAAUCCGUGAGACGUUCUUGGCUGGCAACUGAGGAUAUCACAGCGGCAUGAGGGAGUGUAGUCUGU